GACCCUCUCUCUUUUCUUUCUUCCUCGAGACCCCCAUACACUCCACUUCUCUACUAACCAAAAAAAAAACUCCAACAUCCUAUGCACACUGAUAAUAUUACUAGUUAAAGAAUCUGAACCCAAAUCUAGAUCAUAAAUUCAAGGCUCCUUUUUUCCCCCAAGAUUCAAUCUUUUCUUCUUUGCUAUUCUUCAUUUGAAUGACUUCAGUACCUAGUAGGAGUUCAUCAACAUAAUGUCAUUUUUACCAUUUUUGUCUAUCUUGUUUUUUCUUGUUAGCAAUAAGACAGCUGCAGCUCAUAUCUGCUCAAAACCAUCAACUGAAGCUGAAAUCUUAUGUCCACCUUUUACUUCUUUUCCUCCUUUUCCUUUUUCUUCAUCUCCUGGUUGUGGUCACCCUUCUUUUCAAAUCCAAUGUUCACCUUCACAUGCUCUCAUUUCAGUCAAUAACUUCACUUUCUCUUUGCUCCAUUUUGAGCUUAAUUCCUCCACUCUUCUCCUUUCUCCACAAGAAUCUGAGUUCAAGAAUUGUUCUUUUUCAAGAUCCAUUUCAAUCUCUGGUUCUCCAUUUAAGGUCUCUGAUUCUUCUUGUUCUAGGCUGUCUGUUUUAAAACCUUGUCCACCUCCAAAUCUCCCAAAUUGCAGCCACUGUCCAAUGCAAUGUAAGCUAAUCAAGAACCCACUUUCACUACUACAUGAAUGUGGUUCAAGACAUCAUUUUGACUCUGAUGAAAGAUGCCAAAGUGAUAUUCUUGGAUUUCUUGAUGAUUUCUUGAAAAUGGGUAUUGAAGUAGAAUAUGAUGAGGAUCAAGAUUCUUACUUUUCUAGCUGCAAAACUUGUAGAGCUAAUAAUGGUGCUUGUGGAUUCAACUCUUCACACCCCAAGAAACCAUUUUUAUGUUUUCCUUUAUCUCAAGUUAGGUAUUCACCUCCUUUAAUUAGACAAAAAAGUGCUAAUCAUGUAGUUAUGUUAUCAAUGCUCUUUCUACUUGUGUGUUUUUUAGUUGUUUUCUCAAUUGGAACCUUCAUUUUUCGUUCAAGAAAAAAGGGUUCAGGUUCAGAAGAAGAUCCUACAAUAAUUUACCUUAGAAGGCAUAGGUCUGCUAGUUUACUUCCACCAGUUUUCCCUUACGAAGAACUUGAAAACUCAACAAAUCACUUUGAUCCUAAGAGGAAAUUAGGGGAUGGUGGAUUUGGUUCUGUGUAUUUAGGGAAUCUUGAAGAUGGUAGGCUUGUUGCUGUUAAGCAUUUGCAUAAGCAUUCUCCAGCUGGGGCUAAAGCUUUUUCAACAAAGUCAUUCUGUAAUGAAAUCUUGAUUUUGUCAUCAAUUAACCACCCAAGUUUAGUCAAACUUCAUGGCUAUUGUAGUGAUCCAAGAGGGCUACUUUUGGUUUAUGACUAUGUUCCAAAUGGUACACUUGCUGACCAUCUUCAUGGAAACAAGAAUUUGUACAAAAAGGGUUGUUUAACUUGGAGUUUAAGAGUUGAUAUUGCACUGCAAAUAGCUAUGGCAAUUGAGUACUUGCAUUUCUCUGUUGUUCCACCUAUAGUACAUAGAGAUAUUACUUCAACCAACAUUUUUGUUGAAAAAGAUAUGAGGGUUAAAGUUGGUGAUUUUGGGCUUUCAAGACUCUUAGUAUGCACUGAUGCAACAGUUGCUUCUGGUGAUUCUACUGGUGAAGUUUGGACAGGUCCACAAGGAACUCCUGGUUAUUUGGAUCCUGAUUAUCACAAGUCAUUUAGAUUGAAUGAAAAGAGUGAUAUAUAUAGUUUUGGGGUUGUGUUGUUGGAAUUAAUAACAGGGAUGAAAGCUGUGGACCAAAAGAGGGAGAAGAGGGAAAUGGCAUUGGCUGAUAUGGUAGUUUCAAGAAUCCAAAUGGGGUUGCUGCAGCAAGUUGUGGACCCUGUUUUGGUGGUGGAUGGAGAAGCGAUGGAAGGGGUUGGUGCGGUGGCGGAGCUCGCGUUCCGGUGCGUAGCGGCCGAUAAGGAUGAUCGGCCUGAUUCAAGGGAUGUGGUGGCAGAGUUGAGACGGAUAAGGGGAAGGGCAAGAGGAGUUGGAAGUGGUGGUGGUGGUGGUAUAUUGAGGACUUCAAAUUCUAGUAACAUGGUGGUUCCUGAUGGACUAGGAUUAAUCAACUAAGUCUGCAUGUUUUGGUUGACAGAGUUAACGGUACUUGUAUUGAUACACUUAGUCUAUAUUUGAUAGUAUAGUCGCAAUCUGCGCGACUAUUGUACUAAUGGGAGGUAGUCGAUAUCUAUAAUAGAAGAGUCAAGCUGUGCAUGAUAUUUGUGUUAAUGAGAGGUACCAAUUAUCUCAUUGAAUAAUCAGUUGUGCACAAGUUACUUGGAAAAAAAAAAUGCAAAUGUGAAUUACACAUGUGGGGUAGGGGUGGGGGUUUGGACUGAAAAGGUGUCAGGUGAAGUUUUGUUUGAUUGUGGUAAAAUGGAAUGUGAAUCGAUCCCACUUUCUUUAGUGUUUGUUUCUUACAUA